AUGGCAUCUAACCCUGCUGUCGAGCUUGCCUCGACCCUUCAAUUUGCCUCUGUCAAACGUCAUCCAUCUCCGCAUCACGAUGUGGACCCUUCCACAGCUGCCUCUUCAAAAGUUCCAGGAACAGCGACCGUUCAUUCCCCAAGCUCUAGCCUCCAAUCUGCCACCACUUCCUCCGGCCGAAUUCCUUCCGACAUAGUUGAUGAAGUCGCUCCACGUCCUCGCCGCUCAACUCUUCCACCACUUCCCGACCUCCGCUUCGAACAGUCCUAUCUCGCCAGCAUCAAAAAUGCAGACACCUGGAGUAGAGUUGCCUACAUCACAAUCCGAGAUCAGGUGGUGAUGCCACUGACUCAGGGGAUUGUUUGGAACCUUGUCUUGUUCGGAUGGCGGAACUGGAAUCGCGGAGCCAAGUUCAGUGGGCAGACCUUGGGCAGUAGGGUAAGGAGGUGGUGGUGGAAUGUAAACAACUGGGAACCACCCAAGGCAGACCUUCCGAAGGAGACGAAAAGGACCAUUGCUAGCGAGAUCGAGGAUUUCUAUGUGGCUGAGUUUGGUAGCGCUCUCGGUGAUUGA